UUGCGCAGGAGGCGAGGAGCGCGCCCAGCCGGAGGAGGAGCCGCCGCCGCUGCCGCCGCUAGAGGCGCGUUGGGAGAGAAGUCGGCGGAAAGUUGGCGGCGGCGUCCUCCGCUUUGUCCCGGGCCGAGCCCGCGGCCGCUGCUGGGCCGGGGAGAGAGAGAGAGCGCGAGAGCGGCGGGCGAAGGGAAGGAGGGCUCGGCGCCUCCGGAGCUAGCAGAGCGAGGCGGGCGGGGAAGGCGGGCGGCUAAGCGGACCAGCGGGCAGAGCUGAGCUGCUCCCGGCCGGCCUCCCUCCUCCUCGUCCUGCCUGCCCUUGCCGGCCAUGUCGUCCAUCCUGCCCUUCACGCCGCCCAUCGUGAAGCGGCUGCUGGGCUGGAAGAAGGGCGAGCAGAACGGGCAGGAGGAGAAGUGGUGCGAGAAGGCGGUCAAGAGCCUGGUCAAGAAGCUGAAGAAAACCGGGCAGCUGGACGAGCUGGAGAAGGCCAUCACCACGCAGAGCGCCGCCACCAAGUGCAUCACCAUCCCCAGGUCACUGGAUGGUCGGCUGCAGGUCUCCCAUCGAAAAGGUCUCCCGCACGUCAUCUAUUGCCGGCUGUGGCGGUGGCCAGACCUUCAUAGCCACCAUGAACUGCGGGCCAUGGAAAUGUGUGAAUACGCAUUCAAUAUGAAGAAGGAUGAAGUCUGUGUGAAUCCAUAUCACUACCAAAGAGUGGAAACACCAGUAUUACCUCCGGUUUUGGUCCCACGACACGCGGAAAUUCCAGCCGAAUUCCCUCCGCUCGACGAUUACAGCCAUUCCAUUCCCGAGAACACGAAUUUCCCAGCUGGCAUCGAACCUCAGAGCAACUACAUUCCAGAGACACCGCCUCCCGGAUAUCUGAGCGAGGAUGGAGAAACCAGUGACCAUCAAAUGAACCACAGUUUAGAUGCAGGUUCUCCAAAUUUAUCUCCGAAUCCGAUGUCUCCUGCACACAGUAAUCUGGAUCUGCAGCCGGUCACCUACUGUGAACCGGCCUUCUGGUGCUCCAUUUCCUAUUAUGAGCUCAACCAGCGAGUGGGGGAGACAUUCCACGCUUCUCAGCCCUCGAUGACCGUGGAUGGAUUCACGGACCCAUCAAAUUCAGAGCGCUUCUGCCUCGGCCUGCUUUCCAAUGUCAACCGCAAUGCAGCAGUGGAGCUCACCAGGCGGCACAUUGGGAGAGGAGUUAGACUGUAUUACAUUGGAGGGGAAGUUUUUGCCGAAUGCCUUAGUGACAGUGCCAUAUUUGUCCAGUCCCCCAACUGCAACCAGCGUUAUGGCUGGCAUCCAGCUACCGUGUGCAAGAUACCACCAGGGUGUAACUUGAAGAUAUUUAACAACCAAGAAUUCGCAGCCCUCCUGGCUCAGUCGGUCAACCAGGGCUUCGAGGCCGUCUACCAGCUGACACGCAUGUGCACCAUCCGGAUGAGCUUUGUUAAGGGCUGGGGGGCCGAGUACAGGCGGCAGACGGUCACAAGCACUCCCUGCUGGAUCGAGCUCCACCUGAACGGCCCCUUGCAGUGGCUGGACAAGGUCUUGACGCAGAUGGGCUCCCCGAGCAUCCGCUGCUCCAGCGUGUCUUAAAGGAUGAGGAAGGUGGAACCAGGUCAAACCUUGAGUAGGGACAAAAUCGCUCAGCCUCUUCCUUGGUAAUGUACAAAAAAAAAACCAACAGGAUGGAAACGAGCCUUUAGGGUAGCGGCUGUGUCCUUCCAAGGCCCGGCCCUUCCUUCUGUCCAGUGAAAGAUUUUGUUUGAUAUUCUUGAUAGGAGCAAAGACUUCCUCAUAAUGUUCAUGUCUUCAGAAGAUCCACCCAAAGCUUUGAGAUGCCCAGGCGGGUCCUACCGUGGGCCACUGGAGGAGACCCUCAGCUACAUUGCAACUUGGAUUUCUAAUUUAGGACAGGCAGGCUGUGGCUGAUGGGCUUUGCAAGGCCGGGUGGCACUUGACAACAAUUCUUGGGAGGCUAGAGAGCAAGGAAAUGGUCCUGUCUCCUCCUUGCCCUUCCUCCUUCCUACCUCUUCCUGCGAGAAUUUCCACUUUGUACCAGGCACAUGGGGAGAAGAACCAAGGCCUCUUCUAAUAUUUCUUUUUGAGCAUCCACCUGGGCGACUAUGUGUUUUUCUCUGCCAACUGUUGGAGGUGGGGAUUUUCCUCCUCAUCUGCAGCCCUGACUGAUAAGGUGCCAAUUAAUUGAAGAUGAAGAGGACUCAUGCCCCAAGGAAAGAGCUGCCUCCUCUCAGACAUGGAAACGGUUGUUUGAACUGACGCUGGGAUGAUCUCGGAGCUAAGACCUCCUGCGUUAAAGGCAAGUGUCCCCAGCUCAUCCCUCGUCCAUCAGUCCAGAUUUUAAGGUUGCUUCUCCUUUGGGCUUGCUUGGAACUGGCCAAUUCCUCCGUGUUGACCUGCUGGGCUCACGAUCCCAUCUUCUCAAGAACCUCUGAAGGACUCUUGAGCAUCCAGAAGGAGAAACGUUUGGAAAAGCACGCUUGCCUGUCCUGCUUCCAAAGCUGCGUCUCAAAGCACCAGCUGGAAGGGAAGAAGACAGCCAGCCAGAAGUGUUCUGGAGCAAAAUCGGCCAGGGGAAACUUACGCGCCUUCCUUCCUCAUCAAUAGGAUCUCCUUGGUCAUUUGACUCAUCUGCCGAAACGGAUCUUUUCCACCCAUCAAAUCGGAACAGCCUAACCGCAGCACGGCUCCAAGAUGAUUUAACUGACAGUUAGGACUGUUUUGAUUCUUGUAACUAAGCAAAGAUCUGUAAACAGAUUUGGAGCCAUGCUUACUGUUCUUCAAAGCAGUUGUGUGUGUGGGUGUGUGGGUGUGCAAGGGUUCUACAGUGGCCAGUAAUUCUGGUUAGUAGGUUUUGUGAUUGUGAGGGCGAAAUCCAUGUGCGAUGUCUUUGUGAUCAAAAGUAAGUGUUAUUCAUGCCAGCCAACCCAUCUGGAAUUGUUCAGUAAUUUGGACUUGUUUCUAGAUUCUCAGGACUUAAAAAAAACCAAACUUGGUAACUAGUCCCCAGAAGCUGAGAAUCCAUUAUUUUUCCUCAGAAUUGAGCAGAUUAAUUAAAACCUAAGAAGCUAAAAUAAUAUCGAAGAACACAAUUUGAGAUACCUUGUGAUAAAGUAACUCAAAGCAUUUAACUGUACUGAACAGGUUGUAUGUCCAUUCAGCGUGGCCGACUGGCAAAUAUUUGGGAAUGCAGAUAAGAAAUACCUUUUCAAUUUCAGAUUAAUGUCUUGACAGAUGGUUUAAAGUUCAGUAUUAAUCUGGUCGGCCUUCAGAAACAGAAAUGGCUGCCUCAUUGCCUAAAAUGAGUGGAGCUUUCUUGGAAGAAGAGGGCCCUAAAAUGCAGGGGUGGGUUUCAAUUUUUUUUACUACCGGUUCUGUGGGCGUGGCUUAGCGGGUGUGGCAUGGCUUAGUGGGCGUGGCAGGGGAAAGAUACUGUAAAACCUCCAUUCCCUCCCCACUCCAGGAGAAGGUUGCUGCAAAAUCCCCAUUCCCUCCUGAUCAGCUGGGACUUGGGAGGCAGAGAAUAGAUGAUGGCGGGGCCAGGCAGAAUUUUUACUACUGGUUCUCCAGACCAGGGGUCUCCAACCUUGGCAACUUUAAGACUUGUGGACUUCAAUUCCCAGAAUGGCUGAGGAAUUCUGGGAGUUGAAGUCCACAAGUCUUAAAGUUGACAAGGUUGGAGACUUCAGCUCCAAACUACUCAAAAUUUCCGCUACCGGUUCUCCAGAACUGGUCAGAACCUGCUGGAACCCACCCCUGCUAAACUGGCUUGUUCUCAAUCUGAGUAAUCUCUGAGCAGCAUCUGAAAUCCCAUUGGGUUUUUCGUAUGGUUAAAUUCACCUUUCAAUAUCAGAGCAAUGCGGGAAUCGUCUUAAAAAUGGCAUUUAUAGAAUCUUACUCCAUAAAGAUUCAAUGGAACGUUAGCCCUAACCAUACAGCAAUAUGCCAUAUGGAAUAUUUGGGUUUCCGAAAUGCUUUUAAAUCAUUCAAGGAGAGAAAACUUGCAGUAUGUGUGUGGUGUGCGUGCUUUUUGUAAAAAAACACAAAAAAAGUUAUAGCAAUGGUGGCUGGUAGGCACGAUCAAUCCAAAGACAUUUUUGAAGGCUUUUUUAAAAAAAUGUGAUCAGUGUCGAUGUUUUUAGGCACUCAGGAUGAAAUAUUUUUGCUCCGGGUUCUGUACAGCUUUAAUCAAGUAGCCAUCGGUGUGUUCUGCUUCACUGGGAAAGCUGUUGCUGUUUUUGCUGACCUGAUUUUUUCCAGAUAUUGUGUGCUUAUAUUGUCUCUGGGAGUUCUGAACAUCAUAGCCUGUUGGGUAAUUUUAGGGUCCUUUAUGGUGAAAACUUAAUUUCUGGGCGCAGGGAAUUCACUUUCUUUCAGGUUCUCUCCUUGAAACACUACAUUUCUACUCGCUUGAGUGGGCCUUUCUACGUUGAAGGAUCUGGUCACCCAAACCCAAUUAUAAUUGGAGGGCGUGGCUCCCCCAGACCAGCCACACAGACCUAUUGUACUUUUGAUAACUUAUUCACUGCUGGAAGGACAGAUUAUGGAGAGCCCACGUGAGUCUGCAAAUGAUCAGUGAAGAAAGUUUGAAGAUAGUUUUAAAUACAUAGAUAUAUAUUUUCUUACUCAGCAUAUUAGCCACUUUGCACAAGUCAGAUUUUAUUUCUUGAGACUUCCUUUUUGUAUUCAGUUCUUGUGAUAAGUCUACUGGGUAAAUCAUUUCCUUGCCCAUAAAUCUUCCAUUGUUGGCAAAACUGAGGUAUGACCAGCAUUUUUAAGAGUUUCACAAACAGGAGAGGUUUCUUUAGAAAAAAAUCUCUCACUUUCUACGUUCAGUGAAGAGGGGAGACGUUUCUCCAUAGAUUGCAAACCUUGCUUCGUACAGCCCGGGACACCAAACUACCAAAAUGUCUAUGAAAUAUAGUUCAGCAAAAUUCUCAGCAGCAGUUUAAAUAACUUUUUAAAGUUUCAGCGGAACUCUGCCCUACAGAUAAAAGUGGGAAUGCUUGUAAGAGGAUUUUAUGUGAGCCAGAUAAUCUUGUGAAAUUAAAAAUCCCACCCUAAGGUUGUGUUUGUUGAUUAUGCUAAAUCAUAGUGUAUGUUAUUUGGUUGUUGCUAGGAUAGUGCUUCCCAAACUUGGGUAAAUUACCCAAAAUUGGGUAAAAGUGGUUUUUCUUUGGCUAACAACACACAAACCUAACAGGGACAUUUAAAUAAGGAUUUUCUGAUAAGAUGUUUUGGGUAAUGAAGAUAAAAGGUUGGGAAACACUAUCUUAGGAUAUCCAAACCUACCUAUUGUGGCUUAUUCAACAAAACAUAGUUUAGCUGUCUAUGUGAACUCACCCAGACUAUUCAGGUAUAAACAGAAAAAAAAAUCUUCUCAAAUUGAUGUUUGGUAUUAAAUUGAUGUUUCAAAUUAGAUGUUGAAAUGCCCAGAAACUGCCAUAAAAUAAAGUAUACUUAAGUGCAUUUAGUUUUCCCCAGUCUGCAUCCAUAGCCCUGCUAAAAAUGUUCCUUGUGCCUUGUUAAAAUCUAGUGGAAAUUGGGCUCAUUAGUUGGCGAAACAGGUGCCAAGUCAGGUAAGCUAUUGCUCAGGUGUUGAUCAGACCCUUUGGCUGAGGAAUUCUGGGAGUUAAAGUCCACAAGUCUUAAAAGUUGACAAGGUUGGAGACCCCUGGUUUAGUCAACAAAAUGUGAUUAAGCAAGGCAUAGCACAGAGGCAGGCGAACCUAGUCUGGUUCUGCAGAUAAAAAGCCAGCUAAAAACUUUUCUCUGACCCGCUUCUUGGUACCCGAAAUGGAAGUUUGCGAAACAAGCCAUACAAUAUGAAACUCACAUAAGUGCCAAAAUCUUGAAAAGUCUUCAUUGGGAUAUCUGGAGCUGCACUUUAAAGAAAGACUUGGCGACUUCACAAAUUUGGGUCCCGAGCGGUGCAGGCAUGUUUUUAAAAGGGAUCUGGAAGCAUUUACGUACUGGACAGAAACCUUUUGGUCUACUGACCGGAUGUCUGUGUGGAAAGCACAAGAAACGCCUCGGGCAAUGUUGUGUAAAGUAUAGGAUUGUUAAGAUAACAACGUUAAGUUUCCCUGUCCCCUCCCCCUUCAAGAUUACAUUGAUUGAAGCUCCAAAAAAAUUUGGGGACCCUGGAGCCCAAUUGAAAGUGACUUUGAAAAGCCCCUCUCGGUUGCUCUUCUCCUAAAUACGAUGCUUUGCUUGGAAGGGAUCACCAAUGCUUGGUGGGCCUUGGUGGUGAUGUGCCAUCCCAUAUGCUACAUUGAAAGCAUUGGAUGAUAACCAGCAGGUGAAAUUAGCUCUCUUGGGAUUCAGAGGUGCUGAUCUUCUAGCAGUGCGUUUGUGGCUCUCUGGCACAUAGAACUUGUCUUGGGGCUGGGCCCCUGUUCUGUCGGAGGCUCUCCCGCCAAGCUGUCAGGUGACACAGUGAGCGCAUGCACCUGUGUGCCAAACCUUGCGGCUUCUGAACUUUCCAUUUGCGCAGGACUUUUAGGGGCAGCAUCGGCCCCAUGACUGGAAUCGUCUCCCGGCUGCGGCCUCCUUCAUCUCCCCUCAGUGGACUGUUCAUGAGCUGACCUGGACUCUCUCACCUUACGCAGCUGCUGGCCGGCAUGUCCAGAUGGCCAGGAUGGACUUUGGUUUUAUUGACUUCGAUAACGACUUUUUUUUUCUUUGUAUGAUAAUGAGCCAAAUCGCAGUGUGUGUUGUUUUUAUAUUGAGCUUUCGACAGACCUUUGGGAACAGCAUCCUCACGUCACAAGAGGAUUGAAAAUGGGUGGUUUUAGGAGAAAAGAGACUGCUGGAAGUGUUCCAGCAGUGGGACACAAAAGGGUAAAAAUUCAAGGAUGACCCUGCGGAGGUUGAAGAACUGUUGGAAGCCGCAUUGAGAUCAACUCCUAGAUCAGGGGUCUCCAACCUUGGCAACUUUCAGACUUGUGGACUUCAACUCCCAGAAUUCCUCAGCCAGCUUUGCUUUGCUGGCUGAGCUUUGCUGGCUGAGGAAUUCUGGGAGUUGAAGUCCACAAGUCUGAAAGUUGCCAAGGUUGGAGACCCCUGUCCUAGAUGACCUCUCUUGCCAGGGCUAGUUGGGACCAGACUGGACAGGAGGCUGGCUGUGUUCUGAAUGGGCUUCUAAAAUUGACCUCCAUGCUUCUAAAUCCUCAAGAGGCUGGCGGAACCAGAAUUUAAAUUUUUCUAGGGUAGGGUGGAUUAGCCUCUCCAGUAGAAAGCUGUGGUUAGAAUAUUUUUAACAAGGUUUUAGGUAUAUAUUUAUUUAUGCAACUAAUGCAGUAGCCAGAGUCACUCAAGAUACUUCUCAACUUCAAGAGAGUUGGGGGGAAGAUUUGACAGAGGUCAAAUCGUCCGAUGUAGAUUCAGACAGUAAAACAAGAGACGGAGGUCAGUCCAUCCAUUUUUUUCAGUAGCAAAGCACUUAAUUUCUGUUGGAUUGGGCUUGCCUCCGUUCACCUGCUCCACUGUUGCCUUGGCACAAGUCUUCCUCUUGGGGCACAAGUCUUCCACAUGUGGGACACUCUUUCCAAGCUAAGUGGACAAUGCAGGUGGGAGGUCUCAAAGGUGCUUUCUAAAAAGGCAACUGGACUUUUUUGCCCCCCAAGGAAGAAGAUAUUUCAAGAAGCUUCAUCGGUUCUGCCAGGAUGGUGGGGCGACAUCCAAGGAAAGGACAUUCCAGUCGCCUUGUGAAGAAGGAAAAAAAAAAACACCUUUGAGACAACUAUGACUGUGGAUGAUUGAGAAUCUCCACAGAUGUGCAGGUGUGGUGCCAACCUCAUAAAAGAUGACCAUGGCAGCUGUAGGACCAGCUUUCCAAAGUCCUCCCCUCACCCCACCCCCAUCAGACGGACAGUGGCCAGGAUUCUUGGUUAACUGGGUUGAGGCUGUGGGCCAUGGAGGCCGGGCCGUGGGAAAUGGCAGUUCCCUAGCUCUCCUGUGUUCUACCCACCUGCCUACUUAGCUAGCAUUGGCAUGCAGGAAGAGUCCUUGUGCCUCAAACGGGGUAGCAAUGGAACAGAUACUAAGCAAGUAGUUCUCCUUCCUCUUUCUGUUUUCCACCCCUCCCAUUAGUAGCCCUUGAUACAAGGGGGUGGUUGGCAUCAUCAAAGGCACCCAGAGGUCCUCCUUCCCACCCUAGAUGGAAGUAGAGUUCAGCUCUUGGUUUCUUGAGGAAUAGUGGGCUUCUCGCUAGCUCUUACGGUAUGUUCUUCACCCGAUGUUUUGUACUUUUGGCUGUAUAUUGCUUGUUGUCCUUUGGCCUUUUAGCUUAUCUCUAUUAAAAGCUUUGUAACAUC